AUGGCCGAUAAACCGCUGAAAGAUUAUGCGACACCAUGUGCACGAGGAGUCCGAUCCAGUAUAACCCGACCAACCAUCGAUGCUAACAACUUUGAGAUAAAGCCCGCAGUAAUUCACAUGGUCCAGAAAAAUCAAUUUGGAGGAGGACCACACGAGGACCCGAAUCAUCAUCUAGAGCUGUUUUAUGAAAUCUAUGGCACGAUGAAGGUAUCAUUGGACUCUGUGGGAGGAGGGGCGUUGAUGAACAAGAGCCUUGAUGAAGUAGAAGAAAUAAUAGAGAAUGUGGCACAGAACCACCAUCAGUGGGCAUCUGAAAGAUCAGGUGGUGCGUUCUCAGGACAUCAGACGAAGGCAUUAGGGAAAUUCGAGGUGGAUGCAUUUACGCUCAUGUCUGCAAAGAUGGAUGCCUUGACUAAGAAAUUUGAAGCAAUGGGGAGCAACACAGCUAAUGCCGUAGUUUGUGUUUGA